AUGCUGCCGCGCGUGGAGAUCGUGGCUGGCCGCCACGCCCCGGGCGUGCACGAGCUCAUCGCGGAGGCCGCGGGCGCCAUGGCGUCCGGGACGCGGCUGGUGCCGGCGCAGGGCGGCCUCGGCGGCGCGCUGCUGCUCAACGACGGGCGCUCGGGCGAGCACGUGGCGGUGAUCAAGCCUCUCGAGGACGACGCUUCCAAUGGUGACGGCGGGGGGUACGAGAGCGAGGCCGUGCUGCGGGAGGUGGCCGCGUUCCUCCUGGACCACGGCGGCUUCGCCAGCGUGUCCCCCACGGCGCUGAUCAGGAUCUCCCGCCCCGACAUGGACACGACAACCAUGGCGUCCAUCCAGCGGUUCGUGGCGCACAGCCACGACGCGGGCGAGCUGGGCCCGUCGCGGUUCUCGGCUACGUCCGUGCACCGCGUCGGCAUCCUCGACGUCCGCCUCCUCAACAUCGACCGCCACGCCGGCAACAUCCUCGUCAAGAACGACACCACGGGCACGGACUGGGCGGCGCCGCUGGAGCUGGUGCCGAUCGACCACGGGCUGUGCCUCCCGGAGCGGCUGGAGGACCCGUACUUCGAGUGGCUGCACUGGCCGCAGGCGUCGAUGCCCUUCUCCGCCGAGGAGCUCCGCUACAUCGCGUCCCUGGACGCGCCCCGCGACGCCGAGUUGCUCCGCGAGGAGCUGCCGGCGAUCACGGAGCCGGCCAUCCGGAUCCUCACGCUGUGCACCGUCUUCCUGCAGCGCGCGGCCGCGGCCGGGCUCUGCCUCGCCGACAUCGGCGACAUGAUGACCCGCGAGUUCUCGUCCGCGGAGGAAGGCGUGAGCGUGAGCGAGCUCGAGGCGCUCUGCAACAAGGCCGUGGACGACGGUGACCGGAGGACCGAGGAGUCGUCGCCGAGGCACGUGUCGUUCGGGGAGCUGAGCGCCGAGGAGUGGGCGGCGUUCCUGGAGAAGUUCGAGCGGCUGCUGCCGCCGGCGUUCGAGGCCAAGAUGAAGAAGCUCUGAACCCGAUCGAGCGGACAGAGGACAGCACUGGCUGCUCUGCGUUGUGGGAUCUGUGUACACGUCCGUCCGUACGUAGGUCGAGGGCUUUACGAUGCACGCGCGUGUACGUGCUUGAGCUUGUGCCGUGACAUGCUUGUAGAGAGCACAACGCAGCUCUGGAAACCGUCUUCCGAAAGAAGAAGCUGACACCAAGUUGUAGCAAUGCCAAUCCGAUCCAAUGCAUUGGACAACUCAACAUUGAUCGCAA